AUGGCGUCAGUUAACACCGGCAAGUACCGUUCAGAAAAAUCAGAAAAAAAGAGAACCUGGGAACCAGGAGCCGAAGGUUCUCGAGAAAAUGCAGCAGACAUUCGCCUGAGGCAAGCAAACGAGAACAUCCACAUCGACAACCUCUACGGGUUCCACCGAGUCAGCGACAAUCGAGAACGCGUGGGCUACCUAAUAAACAUGCACGUCACCGAAAUCGUCGAGGAAGACAAAAGACUGACCAGCGGCGUGGACUACUACUUCCUCGAGGAAGACUGUACGCGCUUCAAAGUAUCAAUGCCCUACCACCCAUACUUCUACAUCCUCUGCCGCAAAGACACCGAGCAGGAGCUUUCAAUCUUCCUGCAAAAAAAGUACAGCGGAAUUGUCAGCAAGAUCGAGAUAGUCCGCAAAGAAGACCUGGAUCUUCCCAACCACCUAGCAGGAAUCCAACAAAAAUACUUGAAGCUCUCCUUCUCCAACAUCGUAGACAUGACCAAGGUCAAAAAGCAGAUCCGCCACGCAGUGAAGCUAAGCCGCGACAGAGAAAAGACCCAGUCGUGCUAUUCCGAGUUGCUGGAGGACAACGACGACGCGGAUGAGCAGAGCCUCAAGAAAAUAAUUGACCACAUGGACAACAUCGUGGACAUCCGCGAGCACGACGUUCCCCACCACAUCAGAGUUUCAAUAGACUUGAACAUCUACGUCGGUUGUUGGUACUCCAUCAAAACUCGUGGUACAGACUCUCCAAUCAUCACCAGAAGGUCGGACAUAAUCGAGACUAUCGACCCAAUUGUCCUGGCGUACGAUAUCGAGACCACGAAGCUCCCUCUGAAGUUCCCCGACGCGAACUUUGAUCAAAUUAUGAUGAUAUCCUACAUGAUCGACGGCGCAGGGUACCUGAUCACUAACCGCGAGAUCAUCUCCAUGGACAUCGAAGACUUCGAGUACACUCCAUCUCCAGAAUUCGAAGGUAAGUUCCAAGUUUUUAACGAGCCCAAUGAGAAGGCUACAAUUGAAAAGUUCUUCCAACACAUUCUCGACAUCCGUCCUCACAUUUUCGUAUCCUACAACGGAGAUUUCUUCGAUUGGCCGUUCGUGGAGACUCGAGCUGCGAUUCACGGGUUGAAUAUGAAAGACCAGAUAGGGUUUGCUAAGAACCGGGAUGGCAAUUUUGCUAGCAGGCCCGCUAGCCACAUGGACUGUCUGUCUUGGGUAAAGCGCGAUUCUUACUUACCAGUCGGGUCUCAGGGUCUUAAAGCAGUGACCAAGUCCAAGUUGAGGUACAAUCCGGUAGAAGUUGAUCCGGAGGAGAUGUGCAAGCUGGCAGUCGAACAGCCAGAGUCUUUGGCUAACUACUCAGUUUCUGACGCAGUUGCUACUUAUUAUUUGUAUCAGAAGUACGUUCAUCCGUUUAUCUUCGCGUUGUGCACUAUUAUUCCUAUGAACCCUGAUGAAGUCCUGAGAAAAGGCUCGGGAACUCUCUGCGAGUCUCUGCUGAUGGUGGAAGCUUUUAAAGCUAACAUCAUCUUUCCUAACAAGAAAGAAAAUGAGCUGAAUAAGUUGACGACUGAUGGACAUGUGCUUAAUCAGGAAACUUACGUAGGCGGUCAUGUAGAAGCGCUGGAGUCUGGUAUUUUCCGGGCGGAUAUCCCUUAUAGGUUCAAAAUAGUCACCAGUGCAGUGGACGAAUUGAUUAGUAGCGUGGAUAACACUCUAAAGCACGCGAUCCAGGAGGAAGAGAACGUUCCGUUAGAUUUGGUGGAUAAUUUUGAAGAAGUUGCUGAUGCGAUUAGGGAAAAGUUGAUGGACUUGAAGAACCAGCCGCUGAGAUUGGAAAAACCGGUGAUUUAUCAUUUAGAUGUUGGUGCGAUGUAUCCCAAUAUUAUUCUAACGAAUCGGCUGCAACCUUCCGCCAUGGUUGACGAGACUGUUUGCGCUGCUUGUGAUUACAAUCGUCCUGGGGCGCUGUGCAAGCGCGAUAUGAAGUGGAUGUGGCGUGGAGAGUACUUAGCUGCCAGUCUCAGCGAGUAUCAGCGCAUCCAACAGCAAUUGGAGACUGAGAAAUUCCCUCCGGCUUUUCCUGGAGGACCCAAAAGAGCGUUCCAUCAGCUCCCUCCAGUGGAUCGUGCUAGUUAUGAGAAGAAACGACUGGAGCAGUACUGCAAAAAGGUCUAUAAGAAGGUCAAAAUUACUAAGAUGGAAGAAAGGACCCAGACUGUUUGUCAGAAGGAAAAUUCUUUUUAUGUUGACACUGUGAGAGCUUUUAGGGAUCGUAGGUAUGAGUACAAAGGCUUGAAUAAAGUUGCGAAGCAACAAGUAGCUGCUGCGGUUAAAAAGAAUGAUGCUGCGGAAAUCAAAUCUGCGAAAAAUAGGGAAGUUCUUUAUGAUUCUUUGCAGCUGGCUCAUAAGUGUAUUUUGAAUUCUUUUUAUGGGUAUGUAAUGAGAGGAGGCUCCAGGUGGUUCAGUAUGGAGAUGGGUGGUAUUGUUUGCUACACUGGCGCUCACAUUAUCAUGGAAGCUAGGAAAAUUGUUGAAAAAAUUGGACGUCCUUUGGAACUAGACACAGAUGGAAUUUGGUGUAUCUUACCAGCUUCUUUUCCGGAUAAUUUUAUUGUAAAAACUAGGCAUGAAAAAAAAUCCAAGCUUACUAUUUCGUAUCCCAACGCGGUGCUUAAUUUUAUGGUCAAAGAUCAGUUUACUAAUGACGUUUAUCAUGAUUUAGUAGACAAAGAUACUGGUCAUUAUAAAAUCAGGAGUGAGAAUUCCAUUUUCUUUGAAAUUGAUGGUCCGUAUUUAGCAAUGGUGCUGCCAGCUGCUAAAGAAGAAGGCAAGAGGCUCAAAAAAAGAUACGCAGUGUUCAACUUUGAUGGUUCUUUGGCAGAAUUGAAAGGCUUUGAAGUGAAACGUCGUGGGGAGUUGCAAUUGAUUAAGAUUUUUCAGUCGUCUGUUUUUGAAUCUUUCCUGAAGGGAACCACAUUGGAAGAGUGUUAUAAAGCUGUUGCAGAGGUUGCGGAUUACUGGUUGGAUAUUUUGUACACCAAGGGAGCGAAUAUCCCUGACUCGGAGCUGUUUGAGUUGAUCAGCGAGAACAAAUCUAUGUCUAAGAAGCUUGAAGACUAUGGUGCCCAAAAAUCGACUUCUAUUUCCACCGCUAAACGACUUUCUGAGUUCUUGGGUGACCAGAUGGUAAAAGACGCUGGACUUGCUUGUAGGUACAUCAUUGCUAAGAAGCCCCACGGAGCUCCGGUUACAGAACGAGCCAUUCCCUUGGCGAUAUUCCAGUCCGAGCCGAGUAUCACCAAGCACUACUUGCGCAAGUGGUUAAAAGACCCGUCGAUGCAGGAGUUUGAUAUCCGAGAGAUCUUAGACUGGGGGUACUACAUUGAGAGGCUUGGAAGUGUCAUUCAGAAGAUUAUUACAAUACCUGCUGCUAUGCAAGGGAUUGCUAAUCCAGUUCCUCGGGUUCGACAUCCUGAUUGGUUGCACAAGAAAUUGUUGGAUAAGAAUGAUACCAAGAGACAGACGAAAAUUACGGAUAUUUUCAAAGCUUCUGUUAGAGAAGUUGGUCAGGAUGAUAAUGAUGAUGAUGAUGAUGAUGAUAAUGAAUGUGGUGAUAGUGAGAAUGUUCAGAUAAACGAUAUUGAAGACAUGGCUUCUACUUCACGAAUCAGACCAGUUCCUCAGGCGAAAAGAAAACGCGUGGGUUCCGAAAGCGAAGAGAUAGACCUGAAGAAAAGCUGGAGAGAAGUUCUGGGUGCGCCUCCAGCUCCUGGAAAGACUUAUGCUGAGUUCCAAUCCUGGUUGGAGUUCCAUAGGAAAAAGUGGUCCUACCAGAAGAAGCAACGAGGUGACAGACAGCGCAAGAAGAUCAGGAUGAUCGGCCAAGCCGAAGAAACAGCGCGUGGAGUUGUAAGAAAUGCUAACACUUCAACAAUUUCGGGUUUCUUUCGCAAAGCGCAUCGGAAAUUACUGGACUACCCUUGGCAGAUAAUCCAAAUUGUAGAGACUAAUGAGCCGGGGCUUUUCAGAGUUUGGGCGCUUGUAGAUAACGAAUUGCAUCAAGUUAGAUUGUCAGUUCCAAGGAUUUUCUAUGUUAACUCUAGAAAAGAGCGCGGUGAUCCUGGAGCAAACGACCUUUGGCGCAAGUGUACCAAGAUUCUUCCUCGCUCAAGACCUGUUUAUCACCUGUACCAGUAUACUGUCCCAGAAGGACUGUAUCAACAGCACAGCCAGAGUCUGAUGGAGAAUGUAACCCAACCAGAGAAUGAGGGGAUCUAUGAGACUCAGAUGCCUCUAAGUUUUAGAGCGAUACUAGAGCUGGGGUGCGUUUGUACAGUGGAUGCUAGGGCUGCUAGAAGCAUGGCUGAUGGCUCGGACACUUUUAAUCUUCACCAUCUUCAAAUGAAGACUGGAAUAGCUGAGAUGUACUUGAGAGAUCGCUCGGUUAUUAAGUAUGUCUAUUUGUUCCAUCACUGGGCGACGACUCGUCAGAGAUCUAUGUGGGGAUUGUUCCUCGGACCCAGUAAAAGAGGACACAUUUUUGUCUACGACUCUGUGAGAACCAACCAGAUGCCUAAUAUGAACACUUUGUACCAAACUGAGAGGAAUUUGAUAAAAAACAAUCCAGAUAUUGAAUUGUACCCCGAAGACAUGACCUUUGAAGUCAGAAUUGAAACUAAUCUCCAGCAAGUCCAGAGGCAGUUGCAAGCAGCCUUAAAAGCUUACAAAAAUGAAAUGAAGGGAGCUACGAUGCUGUUGGUUCAAUCUCCAAUGGAGAUUCCUAAUCUUUGCAGUGAAAUGCCGGGGCUGAACGAAUUUCCGAUAGUAGCAGUUCAUAAUCCAGAUGUGGACCACCUUUUUAGCACUCUUGAUUGGCAGAGAGUCGGCGCUAGGACCAUGGUCAAGCAUUUCUUGAAGAGCAACCAUGGAUUGAGUCUGAUGAUAGACCAAUGUCGCUUUUUCGCAGCUCCUUUGGGAAACAUUCCAGCAGACGCGACGCUUUUUGGCGCUGAUCUGUUCUACGCUCGGAAUUUACAGAAGCACAAUUUCGUGCUUUGGUGCUCGCCGAACGAGCGGCCUGAUUUAGGAGGCAGUGAGAAUGAUGAUAACCGUCUGCUUACUGAUUUUGAGGAAAGUUCCAGUUGUGCUGCUAACAAAUCUGGAACUUUUUCCAGCGUUUGCGUAGAAUUGGAGGUUGAAAGUCUGGCAAUUAACACUCUAUUGCAGUCAAAUAAGGUUAAUGAUGUAGACGGUACCAGUUCUUUUGUUAGCUUCCAUGUGGCGCCACAGGCGUCGCUCCAAGACAUAGUCUCCGGGGAUCCCAAAGCUGUGAUUCCGAGUUACGACGAGACGGCUGUUUGUAGCGCAGCUUUCAAAGUCUUGAGAAAUAUGGUUAGUGGGUGGUUGAAAGCAGUCACCUUGCAGAAGAAUGUCUUCGCGGAUUACCAGAUUAUUCACUUUUAUAGGUGGCUUAGGACUCCCAAUGCUUUGUUGUAUGACCCUGCGUUGAGAAGGACGCUUCAUACCUACAUGAAGAAAUUGUUUAUUCAAUUAAUUGCAGAGUUCAAGAGACUUGGGUCUAUUAUAGUGUUUGCUAAUUUUAACAAAAUUAUUAUUUGCACCAAAAAAAGAACCAUUACCGACGCAUUGGGGUAUAUUGAGUUUGUGGUACAGACUAUUAAGAACAAAGAAUUGUUUCAUUCUAUUGAUAUUACUUAUGAGAAUUGUUGGGAGUAUUUGGUUUGGUUGGAUUUGGCGAAUUUUGCUGGAAUCAAGGGCAAGUUGAAUGAUUCUGUUGAUGGCCAGGGAAGAAAUGUUAGGGAUGAUGAUGGUGAUGAUAAUGAUAAAGAUUCUGAUGAAGAAGAUGAAGAUAGUGAUACCCCAGAAGUAAUCAUGACCUGGAACUUGAUGGAGAUUUUGCCCCAAGAAGCUUCUUGUCAAGCCAGCUUCAGCGCUGUCAUCGCGGGAUACAUCAUCGCAGUCUACGAAUUCAUCAACCAAAUGGAGUUCCCGAAUACUCCGAGGCUCAGUCGAAGAAGGAAGAAUAAUUUCAGCCAGACUAUCUGCCAGCUGGGUCUAGGCUCGCUGGAAAACGCUGGGGAGUUUGCGAAAAAGCUGAUAAACGGAGAGAUGUCCCAGAAGCUGUUCCAGAUCGUCCAGAAGAUUCAUAAAAAAAUGCCCGAGAAGGUUCUGACCAGCGACGAAUUUCCUAAUUUGGAUCUUGGUAGUUCUGGGGUGAUGAAGAUCAACCCGGCGUUGGAGUUGAUUAAAGCUGUUUGCAAGGUGUUGUCCCUGGAUAAAGAAGUCGAGGAUGAGGUUUUUGAAUUGCAGAGGAAUCUUCUAAGGCUGAUCAAAGUUGGUAACUUCAGUGACAAAGCUGAGUGGAAGGAGCCUUGUAUUUCUUUCGUGCUUCCGGAGAUCAUCUGCAAGGCCUGUAAUCACACUAGGGAUAUUGAUCUGUGUAAGGAUAUUUAUCGUACGAUUGAAGCUGGUGUUCAUGUUUGGAAUUGUCCGCUUUGUAAGACUACUUACGAUAAUGCGGAGAUUGAGUUCACUCUAGUUGAUACUGUUUGCAGAAAGAGCAUGGGCUUUGUGUUGCAGGACUUGCAGUGCAAGAAGUGCGGUGAAGUUCAGAGAGAUAAUGUUAAAGAGUACUGCUGUUGUUCGGGGGAAUAUAAAAAUACUGUAAUGCAAGAUGAAAUGAUUAAGUGUAUAAAAGUUUUGAAGUCUAUUGCUAAGAAAUGUCAAAUGGUUGUUUUGAGCGAUUUAAUUGAUAGUAUUAAAGUUGUUAAAUAA